GUAGGUACUUUAUCAAUUUUUUUACGGAUAAUUUCACUGAUUGAACUAGUAAAAAACAUGCAAAAAUCUAUCACUCGUUCAUCCAUCAUUAUCGUGAUUCGCACAUCUCGUUUUCUUUUCUACUCAAAUUGAACAUGAAAAUUUCCUCGAUUGGUGCAUUGCUCGGAUAUUUUUUGUUUUUUCAAACCAUUACGUUUUCAAAAUGUGGAAUAUGGGGCGACUUCAGUGGCACCCUAUCCGGAAUCUUCAAUAAACUCGUACCAGAACCUGUGAAGCAGUUAUUUAAUGGGAAUCCAUUGAAAAUUUUUUUACUGAUAUAUACUAGAGAAUCUCUUAAUUCGCCAAUGAAACUCGAUCUGCCAGUACAAGAUCUUUCACAGCUACAUGGAAGAAAAAUAUCGAAUGAAAGACCGCUCGUAUUUAUUAUUCACGGGUUUCAAUCAGAUACAAGCGAGCAAUGGAUGAAGGACUUAGCACAAGCUUAUCUUCAAUCAAAAGAUGGUAUGGUAUUUGCUGUUGAUUGGGGUAGUAAUGCUAAAACAGUUAAUUAUUGGAGUUCUGCUAAUCAAGUACCUAUCGUAGCCAAUCAAUUAAUUGGUUUCAUAAAUAUGUUAAUGACUCAGUUCGGCGUCGAAACUAAAAAAAUCCACAUUAUAGGCCACAGUUUAGGGGCACACAUCGCUGGAAAUGUUGGAAGAGGUUUACCAAGCGUAUACAGAAUAACGGGUUUGGAUCCCGCAGGACCCAAAUUCCAGGUAGGUUCUUUGACAACACUACGUAAAACUGACGCUUAUUACGUCGACGUGCUUCACACUUGUCGUGUUCUUGGCCAUAGGGAACUUCUCGGCACUGUAGAUUUUUUUAUAAACGAGAACACUGAUGAACAACCUGCAUGUGCUAUUAAAGGCACAGCGGUUCGUGUUAUUGCAGGCUUUCUUAUUGAUAGUGCACUUGGGAUCUGGGAGAUGACAUGUUCUCACAGUAUAGUGACAGACUACUUUAUUGAAUCGCUCAAAAAUCAGGCAUGUAGAUUUGUGGCAAGCAAAACAAUCGAACGAGCGAAGAAGGUAACUUCGGAUACGUUAGAUCCAAACCUAGAUACUACAGUACUGGGAUUGGAUACGUUCAAGUAUAAAGCUACAGGGAAGCUUCACGUGAUAACCGGAGCUUUCUCUCCUUAUUGUAGAACAAAACCAUCAUAAUCGCUUGUCAUACUCGUAAAUAAGUAAUAAUAUAGAUACUUAGAAAAUAUGAACAAAAUAAAAUUCCAUAAAUUGGCGA